CCAAUAAGAUAAGAGAGAGAGAGAGAGAGAGAGAGAGAGAGAGAGUGGACUGGACUCUGGAGUAGUCGUCUCCUGCUUUACUCUUUCCCUUCUGUAAGAAGGUGAGGGUUGAGUGAGCUCAGACUUGGGGGUUAAAUUUCUUGCUUGUAUACAUACCAAGGAGUACAGUGCAGGAAUAUCAGGCUAGCUUUACCUCGGCCGAUUGAAGGUACCACCAUAUCUGGGAAUCAGCUCAAUUUCGCGGUUGUUGUGAGCAAGUUUAGUGGUUGGAUUCGUUUCGGGUUUUCUUACCAACAGUCGUCAUAUGAUCAACGGCAAUAAUUCAUAGUUGGAAACUGAUCAGAAAAAGCACAAAGGAGAGAAACAGGAUAUGUAUAUCUUUUCAGAAAAAAUAAAAAGUCUAUGGAAUUUAUGGGAACUCAGGUACUUGGUUCUCUUGAGCCUCUUCAUUCAGACUCUACUCAUUUCCGUUGCAAGUGUCCGAAAGCAUACAACAGCCAGAAAGAUUAACUUCCUCGUUUGGUCCUGCUACUUGUUAGCCGAUUGGGUUGCAACUUUGGCUCUUGGUGUCCUUGCUGAGAGCAUGAAUAACAAGUCUAAUGGUGGUGGUAAGUCUGGGAACGAAAAGGAUGACCUUAAAGCAUUUUGGGCACCUUUUCUUCUACUACAUCUAGGUGGCCCUGACAACAUCACGGCUUUUUCAUUAGAAGAUAAUGAGCUUUGGUUGAGGCAUUUGCUUGGACUUCUAUUCCAGGUUGUAACAGCAUUUUAUAUCUUCAUCAUCUCCUUGCCUGAACCUAGGCUUUGGCUGAUCACCAUUCUAAUGUUCAUGGGGGGAAUCAUCAAGUACGUAGAGAGGACAUUGGCUCUCAUGAAUGCAAGCCGAGAUUAUUUUAGGAAUUCCAUGGCCACGGAUCCUGACCCAGGACCUAACUAUGCAAAAUUCAUGGAGGAAUACUCUUGCAAAAUGAAAGCUGGGCUCGAUGCAAGGAUAGUCUGUGAAAGGGAACCUGAGUUGCAGUUGCCUUCUUUUCAGGAUAUAGAAGAGAAUGCAGAUAUCAAAAAUAUUGGAGAUGAUGAUCAAAUAGAGCUCAUAUCAAGAGCCUAUCAUUUCUUUCAGAUAUUCAAGCGUCUUAUUUUUGAUGUGAUCCUCACCUUCCAUGAUCGAAAUGAAAGUCGGUCCUUCUUCACAAAAAAAAGUUGGGAUAAGGCUUAUAAAGUUGUUGAGAUUGAACUCGGCUUCUUGUAUGAGGUUCUAUACACCAAGGCGGCUGUGGUUCAUACAUUGAAAGGUUUGAUUCUUCGCUUCAUCAGUGUGUCCUCUAUUAUUGUUGUUUCCAUUAUCUUCUUUGCCUUCACUAAGAAGGAACAAUAUCACAAGAUUGACGUAAAAAUAACAUACGUCUUACUGAGUGGAGCUAUUGCUUUAGAGUUCUGGUCCCUGACUAGAUUGCUCUUCACAGACUGGACCAUUGUUUGGAUGAAGAAGAAAAAAUUCAAUCGAUUUAUUACCAGAAUUAUAUUUAAAGUUGUUUCUUAUAGAAGACUAUAUUCCUACCCAUCAAGGUGGUCUAAUUCCAUGGCUCAGUACAACCUGAUCGAGUUUUGCCUCAAAGAUCAGCCAUUCUUUUGGGGAAAAGUCAUGGAGCUCAUUCAUGUUAAGGGCCUUUUUGAUAAUCACUGGUACAGAAGUAAAAAACCCAUUUCUGAUGAGCUUAAACAGUUCAUCUUCGAGGAUUUAAAAUGCAAGUUGAGAAAGAAAACAGAUUCUUCCUCUUACCAACAUUUCAGAACUUGUAGAGGUCAAUUGGCACUUCAAAUGAUUAAAUAUGAUGAGACACGGGAUGAUAAUUGCAUCAAGGAGAUACUGGAUAAUAGCGUCAAGGUUGAAUUUGAUGAAAGUAUUUUGCUUUGGCACAUAGCUACAGAUAUCUGCUAUUAUUUCGAUGGAGAAAAGGAUCAAUCCGAAACAGUGCGUCCCGAGUCAGUUUUGUCCAACCAGAGGAAAAGUAGAGAGAUGUCCAAUUACAUGUUAUAUCUUCUUGUAUCACGACCUUUUAUGUUGACUGCAGGAAUUGGACAAAUCAGAUUUGGGGACACUUGUGCUGAGGCCAAAAGGUUCCUCCACCAAAGAGAGACAGAAACUGAUGAAAAACGAGCCUGCACAAGGCUACAUAAGGUAGAGACAGGAGUUGCACCCGUAGAAGUGAAAGGUGACAGAAGUAAAUCUGUAUUAUUCGAGGCAUCCAGGGUUGCAAAAUCACUGAUAAAACAGGUACCUGAGGUAGAAAAGAGAUGGGAGAUCAUAAGCCUAGUGUGGUUGGAGAUGCUGUGCUAUGCGGCAAGUGAAUGCAGAGGAUAUUUCCAUGCUCAGAGACUUAGUGCUGGGGGAGAGCUUCUCACUGUCGUCUGUUUUUUAAUGGCUCAUCUUGGUAUAGGAGAUCUAUAUCGUGUAGAAUCAGGCCAUGCUCGAGCUAAGUUAAUUGUUAAGAUGUAAUAUGUAAAUAUUGUUAGGAACUCAGGUAGAAUUCAUUCUUAAAGCAAGAAGAUUAAUGUGGAAAUAUGUUAUAUGAGGUUUUUAGUUUGUUGGAUGUUUGUAUUGGAUGAUAUAUAUACCUGAUCCAUACUGUUGGAUCUAGUGUAGUUAAUAUUUCUGAAGAACAAAUCAUAGUAGAUUGUGGAUAUUUUUUGA